AGAUAAGAUGGGACGGUGGACUAAUAAGAUGUACAUGUGGCAAAACAGGUAUUGAUAAAAACAAGUUCCACGUUUCUUUCUUAACCUGAGUAUCACAGGAAUAUAUACCUAAAACUUCCCGAGCAUGCUGUGAAUGGUGGUACGUACAUGAGAAACAAACGUUACAGGGACAGAUGAGUUUACAUUGACAAACAUUAUCCUGGUAAUUUUCAGAUCUUCCACGAUGUCGAGACUGUAUGUUAAGAAGCGCGUGAUAAAGUUAUGUGUAGUGUUUUCCUUCCUGUGGUGUGUGUGGGUCUUUGUUUUUCAUGAUGGACUUACAAACAUUUCUCACGAUGAUAGCAUCCAUAAGUACCAUGUAGAGAUGGACAAAUCAAAUGAAAUUGAAGACACCAAAUUAAAAAGUCAAGGAAAAAAGAAAUCCUUAAGAGAAGGUCCGUUACAACCAAGGCAUUUGAUUGGUGGCGAAUUAUCUGACAUUGGUAAAGAAGAUCACAAUGACAUUCCCAACAAAAACAGGAAGGUGGCAGAUCAAAUUGCAGGUAAAGCCGACAUUGCAGACGGAAGUAAAGAAAAAGAGCGAGACUUUCCGAAAGGGAAUGUUGCCACGGAUGUUCGAGAAGACAGUGAAAAUGGUGUUUUACCGUCUGGACCUGGCGAAUUGGGGGAGGCAGUCAACAUCGAUGCCAAGUCGCUAUCACCCGAGGAAAAGAAAAUAUAUAAUAGAGGAUGGAAAAACAACGCCUUCAAUGAAUAUGUCAGUGACAUGAUCUCGUUAGAUAGAUCUUUGAAUGACACAAGAGACCCUGAAUGUAAAACCAUGGUAUAUAGCAAUCUGCCAGAUGCUAGUGUCAUUGUCACAUUCCAUAACGAGGCUUGGUCUGUGUUGCUAAGAAGUGUUCAUAGUAUCAUAAACCGUACACCACCAGAACUUCUGAAGGAAGUCAUCCUUGUAGACGAUUUUUCUGACAUGCCACAUUUGCACGCGCCACUGGAGGAGUAUAUGAGUCGGUACGAAAAGGUCCAGAUAGUUAGAGCUAGCAAACGAGAGGGGCUGAUCAGGAGUAGGCUGCUGGGAUACAAACACGCCACGGGCACUGUCCUGGUGUAUCUCGAUUCUCACAUAGAAUGCGCGAAAGGUUGGAUUGAACCACUCCUAGAUCCAAUCGCUCGUGACAAGACCAUCUCAGUUACACCAGUAAUCGACGUCAUAGAUUUUACAACGUUUCGCUUAAAACUAGGAAAAGCUAAAGACGUGCAAGUGGGAGGCUUCGAUUGGUCACUUGUGUUCAAUUGGCAUGUAAUACCAGAGACUGAAAAGGCCCGGCGUGAUUUUAAGCAUUACCUACCUGCAAGAUCCCCUACAAUGGCAGGAGGGCUGUUCGCAAUCAGUCGAGAAUACUUCACGGAGAUUGGAACUUACGACGAAGGAAUGAAUAUUUGGGGAGCAGAAAAUCUGGAAAUUUCAUUUCGGAUAUGGAUGUGUGGAGGGACACUACUGACAGCUCCCUGUUCACAUGUCGGACACAUAUUCCGGAGGCGUUCCCCGUAUACCUGGCCGGGGAAAAACAUCCUGCUACGUAACAACCUUCGUCUGGCUGAGGUGUGGUUAGAUGACUUCAAGACCUACUACUACAGUCGGUUGUCACCUAAACAGAUAAACGGAACAAAUUAUGGUGAUGUAUCGGACAGAAAAGCUCUCCGUAAACGUCUCAACUGUAAAAGUUUUUCGUGGUUUCUGAAAAAUGUAUUCCCGGAAAUAUACAUCCCGGGGGACUCCUUAGCGUCCGGAGAGAUACGAAAUAAAGCUAAGCCAAUAUGUUUGGAUGGACAGGACAAAGUGGCGGACGAUAACAUACUAAAAGUGUACCCCUGUCAUCAGAUGGUCGGAAAUCAGUUCUGGCUUUACAUGAAGGACCAUUCAAUGAGACGGGACACUGUUUGCUUUGAUCAUUUUACACCAAAAAAGGAAAUACAUCUAUAUGUCUGUCACGGUAUGCGUGGUAACCAGGAAUGGGAAUAUCGAGAGGACAAUACGAUCUACCAUGUGAAUACCCAGAAGUGUAUCACACUAGCGUUUGACGGCCAGUCUGUGUCCAUGGAGGAAUGUCGGGGUACUGAUAAUCAGCUUUGGGUGAUGGACAGAAAACCAGCAAAAGGCCCAUCUAUCCUGUAACAGUUCAUUACAUCGAGGGAAAUCACAGAAUUCUUCCAAUAUAUUUUCAUGAUUAAGAAUCAUUUGGCGAAGACAAGUACCGUAUAAGUGGCUUUUUUUCAAAAUAUAAUUGCAUUUAUAUAUUAAAUUAGCAAUAAAAUGUGACGUUUUUUAUUAUUUUGGAUCAAUAUCACCUUAUAAGGAGUACCUAAAUACUAUAAAACGUGCGUAUGUAAUAGAAGUAUUUAUAUAAAUUUGUUACACGUAAACAUAAAAUUGGACAGAAAUGAUAUUUAUAUGCCAUUUGAUCAAGGUGGAAAAACAUCAUUUGACAUGGCAAAAAGUAAUGUGAUGAUAAAGUGUGGAAAUAACAUAGAAAAAUAUAUAAAAAGGUUGGCAUCGAAUAAAAGCAACAUAUGACAUUGAUAAAGUUUGCAUGUGAUAGCUUAUAGGGGUUACACAUGGAAUUAUAUAAGGUAGCACGUGACAUUUAGAGAAGUUAAACUUAGGAUUAUAUAAAGGUAGUACGUGACAUUUAUAGAGGUUACACAUGGAAAUAUUUAAAGGUAACACGUGACACAAAUAAAGGUUAAACAUAGGAUUAUAUAAAGGUCACACGUGACAUUAAUAGAGGUUACACAUGGAAUUAUAUAAAGGUAGCACGUGACAUUUAUAGAGGUUACACAUAUAAUUAUAUAAAGAUAGCACGUGACAUUUAUAGAGGUUACACUUGGAAUUAUAUAAAGUUAUCACGUGACAUUUAUAGAGGUUACACAUAUAAUUAUAUAAAGAUAGCAUGUGACAUUUAUAGAGGAUGCACAUGGAAAUAUUUAAAGGUAACACGUGACAUUCAUAGAGGUUACACAUGUAAUUAUAUCAAGAUAGCACGUGACAUUGAUAGAGGUUAUAUAUGGAUUUUAUGAAAAUAAGGCAUGCUAUUUCGUAAGUGGUACAUAUGACAUUUUCUAUACACAUCCAUGGAAUUAUCAAAGUAACUCAGAUCUGUAAUAACCAUAUAUAUAUGAAUGAUUCACAUGAAUUCCAGUAAAUCAUGAUGAAAUACAUAAAAUGUACUUAAUAUGUGUCUUUUGAAUAAAUGUUAAGUUUUGAAGCUG